AUGUCAUUUGGUUCAUUUGAUCACAUAUGUAAUAAGACCUCGCUACCUUUAUGUUCAGUAGUUGGAGCCGUCAACCAAUCCUCAUAUUUCCAGAGAGGGAUCGUGCCUCAAUGUUAUGCCCGUAGUGUUGAACUCGCCAACACGAUGAUUUUCCAAAUCGGUAACGCGUUUGUUCAUUUUGGUGGGUUAAUCAUUAUAUUAAUCAUUAUAUUCAACAUGAGAGCCAAGUAUACAGCAAUUGGCCGUGCCGAGAUGUUGAAUUUCAUGUAUUUGUUGAUUGGUUUGAUUGUGUCUAGUUUAAUUGUUGAUUGUGGUGUUGCGCCACCCAGUUCAACCACAUAUGCUUAUUUUGUCAGUUUACAAAUUGGAAUAGCUAGUGGAGUUGUUGCGUGUUUGUUGUAUAAUGGGAUCCUUUGUUUUCAAUUUUGGGAAGAUGGCACGAGAAGAUCGUUGUGGAUAAUGAGACUGAUUGUGGUUUUAUGGUUUGCUAUCAAUUUCAUUAUAUCUUUGAUUACAUUUAAGCACUGGGAUACAGAAUUGGAUUACCGAAAGACGACAACCAUGUUUAUCUUUGCAUACGUGUUGAAUGCGGUGCUUCUUGCCGUUUAUGUCGUGUCACAGAUCAUUUUGGUAUUUUUCGCCUUGAAUUCAUUGUGGGCCUUGGGUGCUAUAUUAUUGGGAGUGUUUUUCUUUGUUGCUGGUCAAAUUUUGACUUAUGUGUUUUCAAUGCAAAUAUGUCAAGGUGCUUCGCAUUAUAUUGAUGGAUUGUUUUUCGGUAGUGUGUGCAAUGUUUUCACGAUUAUGAUGAUUUACAAGUACUGGGAUAUGAUUACUGAUGAUGAUUUGGAGUUUAGUGUGGCCAAUGUUGAGCAGGUGGUUAACGAAUUUGGACCAAAUAGCAAUGGUGGGGUUGGAGUGCUUUAUGAUGAUGAGAAACGUGCAUCUAGUGUGUUUUAUUGA